AAAUUUUUAAUGUCAAUAUUUAUAUUUAUGUUUUAAUGUUAAUUCUUUUUUCUACAGAAUAACUAAAUAGUACGAAAGUUAUAUAAACGUAAUGCUUAAAUCUUUAAAUCGUUUUUCAUUUUUGGCAAGAUAAAAAAUAAAAUACACUUGCAAUGUUAAGAUCAAAAUUAACCUAUCUUGGAUGCCUACUUCAGAAAACAACGAACACUAUAAUUCAUACAAAUUAUUCUCAAAAUGUAUUAAAAAUAACAGAUACGGCUGUCCAAAAAUAUUUGAAACAACUAAUGAUUGAAUAUGAUACCUUGCAUAUUAAAUCUCGUAGAUCAUCGGAAGAGACGAGACGCUUACACGAAAUUAAACCUAUAGUUCAUGUUUUAGAACAGAGAGUAGCAUUAUACGACAGCAUAGAAUCAUUAAAAGAACUAACUAAAAAAGAAAACAAUGAUGAAGAAAUUAAAAAAAUGAUUAAAGAGGAAGCACAGAUAUAUUUGAGUCAGUUGACAGAAGUUGAUGACGAUUUAAAAUCAAUCUUACUGGCACCAUGCAUCACCAAUGGUGGUAUUGUGCUUGAAGUAACAGCAGGUGCUGGAGGUCAAGAAUCUAUGUUAUUUGCUAAAGAAUUAUUUGAUAUGUAUCAGUCUUACGCUGAGUUUAAAGAGUGGGAAGUUGAUAUAGCAUCAAUUGAAAAGUCAGACAUUGGUGGUAUUCGUAAAGCAUCAAUGUUAAUGAAAGGGUUUGGGGUCCCUGAAUUGAUGAAGAUGGAAGCAGGAGUGCAUAGAGUUCAAAGAAUUCCUGUCACAGAAAAAGGUGGACGUAUUCAUACUAGCACAGUAUCAGUUGCUAUUUUACCACAAGCAACAGAGAUGGAGCUUAGUAUCCCAGCAAAAGAUAUCAUUGUUGAAACUAAAAGAGCCAGUGGUGCUGGGGGUCAGCAUGUAAACACAACUGAUAGUGCAGUCAGACUUAUCCAUACUCCUACUGGUACAACUGUAGAGUGUCAAGAAGGAAGGUCCCAAAUUAAAAAUAAAGAAAUUGCAAUGGAAAAACUAAGAGCCUUGUUAUUACAGAAACAAAUUGAUGAACAGUCCUCAAGAAUUAACAGUGAAAGGAAAGCACAGGUUGGCUCAAGCAAUCGCAAUGAGAAAAUAAGAACCUACAACUAUCCUCAAGAUCGGGUAACAGAGCACAGAGAGGGUGGUAUAAAUAUACCAAGUCUUAAAAUUUUUAUGGAGGGUGGAGAACAAUUAGAAAAACUGCAGGAGUCACUUCUGCGGCAACAAAGAUACGAAAUCCUGGCAGCUGAGGUGAAUGACUUUAUUAGUAAAAAUCAAAUUGAAAGUUAAUUGCUGUUUUGUCUUUAGAACUUUUUGAUUUAUUUAUGACAUUUAAUUUUUUGUUUCUAUUCCUUAUUAAUUUAUACCAUACACCGAAAAUAUUUUAAAAUAAUUGAAAUUGUUGAUUAUUUUAUUCUAUUGUAAAUUUCUCAAAACUGUGGUUUCAUUACUUUGUUUAAAUACAUAUG